AGGUUUAUUAACAGAAAAAAUCGGCCAUGUUCCGGAAACGUUUCUGAAUUUGAUAAGAAAUAAAACAUAAAACAUGCCUGAACUAAUACCUCCCACACAGAUCGAGCCGCAGGAGGAGGCGCCACAAAAAGCACCAACUAUUGGCAUUAUAUAUCCGCCUCCAGAAGUCAGAAAUAUUGUGGACAAGACUGCAAGUUUUGUGGCAAGGAAUGGGCCUGAAUUUGAAACUCGAAUCCGUCAAAAUGAGAUCAACAAUCCGAAGUUCAACUUCUUGAACCCGAAUGACCCUUAUAAUGCAUACUACCAGCAUAAAGUAAAAGAGUUCAAAGAAGGGAGAGGUCAGGAGCCAUCAGCUUUAAAGCUUGGAAGCCUUCUUGGACCAGGAGCAGUACUGAAGACACUGGAUCAGCAGAUUAAAGUUCCAGAACCUGUAGUACCAACAGAACCACCACCAGAGUAUGAGUUUGUGGCAGACCCUCCUUCAAUCUCCGCCUUUGACCUGGAUGUGGUCAAGCUUACAGCGCAGUUUGUGGCUCGCAAUGGCCGACAGUUUCUUACCAACUUGAUGAAUCGUGAGCAGCGGAACUACCAGUUCGAUUUCUUACGUCCACAACACAGUUUGUUCACUUACUUCACAAAGUUGGUGGAACAGUACACGAAGAUCCUUAUUCCGCCAAAAGAUCUUCUUGCCAAGUGCAAAGGCGAGGCAGAAAAUCCCAAAGAGGUUCUUGAUCAGGUUCGAUACCGCAUGGAAUGGGCAAAGUUCCAGGAGAGGGAACGUCGUAAGGAAGAAGAGGCCUUGGAACGAGAGCGUGUUGCAUAUGCCCAAGUCGAUUGGCAUGAUUUUGUUGUUGUGGAGACGGUCGAUUUCCAAGCUAAUGAGCAGGGUAAUCUGCCACCACCAACAACACCUGAGGAAGUGGGUGCCAGAAUGAUCGCACAGGAGCGUUAUGAAGAUGGUGAUGUUGAAAUGGAUGUUGAAUCAGAAGAUGACGACGAUGAUGGCAGCGAUGCGGAGAGCAUCGAUGAAGAAGCCACAACAGACGAGGAGUUGGGCAAGAAGGAGGAGAGCUCUUCAGAAGAGGAGGAUGACGAAUCUGUACCACCUCCACCACCCAGCGUCCCGCCACCACCUCCUGAUGCUCCUAAACCGCCGCCACCACCUAGUGACAGGCCGCAGCUCCCACCAUUACCGCCAGCUCCUGGUGACGUUAUCAUUAGGAAGGACUACGAUCCUAAAGCGCCAAAGAAUGUGCACAUGAGCCAGGAUCAGUUCCUUGUCUCGCCCAUCACUGGAGAGAAGAUCCCUGCAGACAAGGUCCAGGAGCACGUCAGAAUCGGCUUGUUGGAUCGUAAAUGGAUGGAGCAGAGAGACCGCCAGCUCGCCGACAAGCAGGAACAUGAAGAAGUCAUUGCACCUGGUAUCUCUAUUGGCAGUAACUUGAAGAGGCUCUCAGAGCGACGUACCGAUAUCUUUGGUGUUGGAGCAGAGGAGACGCAAAUUGGUAAAAAGAUCGGUGAGGAAGACAAGAGGGUGAAGGAGAAGGUGACCUGGGAUGGUCACACAGCCUCGAUGGAGAAAGUCUCGCAGAAGGCCCGUGAGAAUAUCUCGAUUAAGGAGCAGAUUGCUUUGAUUCACAAGGUUCAAGGAUUAGUUCACGACGACACAAAAGAAAAGAUUGGCCCUGCUCUGCCCAAGAAUCCACCAUCGACAUCACACACGCUGCCCAAGCCGCAGCCCCCUCCCCCUGCUGUCUCGGUACCUAAGCCUGCACCUCCGCCGCAACAAGUGCAGAUGCAACCCAAGUCAAUGCCGAAACCGAUGCAGAUGCAAAUGAGGCAGCCGAUGGGACGUCCGAUGGGUGGGCCUGUGAUGGUGAUGCCACCUGGACCGCCUGGUUUGGGACCUCCAGGCAUGAGGCCACCUCCUCUGAUGGGACUACAGCCGCCAAUGGGUAUGCCUCAUAUGGGUGGGCCCCCGAUGGGGGGUUUCAUGGGGCCCCCAAUGGGCCAUCCGAUGCCUCCACAAAUGGAGGAAGAGCCUCCAUCCAAGAGGAUGAAAACAGAGGAGAGCUUGGUCCCAGAAGAAGAGUUCUUGAGGAGAAACAGGGGUCCAGUCACAUUCAAAGUUGCUGUGCCUAGCAUGCCGGACAAGGGAGAGUACAAACUCAGUGGACAGAUGCUUAUGUUCACCUUGCCUCUUACAGACAGCGUGGCCGUCAUCAAGGCUAAGCUUAACGAGGAGGUUGGCAUGCCAGCUGGCAAGCAGAAACUGCAAUAUGAUGGCCUGUUCAUCAAAGAUUCAAACACACUGGCCUACUAUAACUUUGUGCACGGAGCGACGGUUGUUCUUCAGCUGAAGGAAAGAGGAGGAAGGAAAAAGUAAAUUUCCGUUUCUGCGGCGUGAAGGAAAAAAAUGAAAAUCAUGUGGUGGACAUUGUGUUGCAUUUAGAUUUACGUCUGUCUUAAUAUUUUUGAAUAUGAAAUCUCUGCGUACGUUGAUAUUAUCUAGCAUAUGUUGUAAGGUCCUGUAAGACCCAUCACUGGUACAUUGAUUAAAAUCGCCGCACUGGCUAUGAAUGUUUGCUGCAACUUAUCAUAAUCUGUUGCUUUGGUUCAAUUUGUCUGGCUCUCACCUUCAUUAUCAUGCUAUAACAUCAUAUGUUGCUUAUAAAGUUAUAAUUGCCACAUAAUGUCAGUGUCUCAUAGGAGGUCAUAAACAUUGCAGGUGUCCUAAGUACUGAACAUGAGCACAAUGCUGUAUGAUUAAUUAUGAAAAGAAUAAAGCCACUCUGGACCUCAUCAUCAA